CCGUGUCUUCUAGCUACUGCAUGGAACAGAGGGGGCUCGAGCUUUGCCUUGACUACUUGACAGCUAAAGGGUUGGUCGUCAGCACACUGGUCACUGACAGGCACUCACAGGUGAAAACCUUUCUGAGGGACAAGCACCCGAGUACCAGCCAUCGUUUUGAUGUGUGGCACGUUGCAAAAGGCAUCAAGAAAAAGAUCGCUGCAGCAUCACAAUCUAAGAAGCACCAAGUUCUUCGACUGUGGUGCGAAAGCAUAAUCCGCCACCUAUAUUGGUGUGCGCGCACCAGUGACAGUGGCGAUCUUUUGCUUGCUAAGUGGACGACGAUCAUGCGGCACGUCAUCAAUGUACACACCCACCCAAAUAGCCUGCACCCUGCCUGCUUCCAUGGUGAUUUGGGCGAACGAAGAUGGCUUGAGGAAGGGACGGAGACCUACAAGAAGCUCCACGACAUUCUGUUGGCAAAGCUCCUGCUGAAAGACAUUCCCCAGCUCUCAUCAGCGCAGCAGACAUUUGGUUUGGAAACAUUCCAUGCUGUCCUGAUCCACUUUGCGCCUAAAUCGUACAGCUUUUCGGAUCAAGGGAUGGUUGCAAGGACUGCUCUGGCAGCACUCCACUAUAAUGCCAAUGCAGAUCGUGUUGCCCUUCUCAGAGAUGGUGCUGUGAAGCACCGGCUGAAGCCAUCAAAGGUGCGGAAAGGGUGGAUCGCUGUUCCUGUGAAGGAGGAUGCCACAUACAGCUAUGUCAGUGACCUGAAGUCUGCUGUUUUUGACCGCAUCGCUCGCUACCCAUCCUUCAAAAAAGCAAGAGAUGCUCUGGUAGAGGUGUCACUGCCUACCAGAAGCAGCAGCUAUGGGGACAGGCCAGAGAUGAGAGCUGUGUUGGAGUCACAGUACAGCAGGUUUUAGAGGACAAUUGUUUAGCUGUACUC